CCCAUUCCCAACCUUCCCAGGGGACAUCCUGGAGAUCGGCGCCCAAUGGAGCAUCCUCCGCCGGGACAUCCCGUCCUUCGAGCGCUACAUGGCCCAACUCAAGUGCUACUACUUCGACUACCAGGAAGCGCUGCCGGAAUCUGCCUCCAAGCACCAGCUCUUGGGCCUCAACCUCCUCUUCCUGCUCUCCCAGAACCGCGUGGCCGAGUUCCACACGGAGCUCGAGCGGCUCCCGGCGCCCGACAUCCAGGGCAACGUCUACAUCCGGCACCCCGUGUCCCUCGAGCAGUACCUCAUGGAGGGCAGCUACAACAAGGUCUUCCUGGCCAAGGGCAACAUCCCGGCCGAGAGCUACACCUUCUUCAUUGACAUCCUGCUGGACACCAUCCGGGACGAGAUCGCGGGCUGCAUCGAGAAAGCCUACGAGCAGAUCCUGUUCAGCGAGGCCACGCGCAUCCUCUUCUUCACCACGGCCAAGAAGAUGAGCGACUACGCCAAGAAGAGGGGCUGGGUGCUGGGCCCCAAUAACUACUACAGCUUCCGGAGCAGGCAGCAGAAGGCCGAGGAAGCUCCCAUCCCCUCCACCGAGCUGGCCAAGCAGGUCAUCGAGUACGCGCGGCAGCUGGAGAUGAUCGUCUGAUGGGGGGGCCGUGGGGCAUC